ACCCCCUCCCUGCGUCCCUCCCUCAUCACCCCUCACCCCCUCCCUCAUCACCCCCUCCCUGCGUCCCUCCCUCAUCACCCCUCACCCCCUCCCUCAUCACCCCCUCCCUGCGUCCCUCCCUCAUCACCCCUCACCCCCUCCCUCAUCACCCCCUCCCUGCGUCCCUCCCUCAUCACCCCUCACCCCCUCCCUCAUCACCCUCUCCCUACGUCCCUCACUCAUCACCCCUCCCUGCAUCCCUCAUCACCCCCUCCCGACGUCCCUCACCCCCUCCCUCAUCACCCCUCCCUCCCUCCCUCCCUCCCUCCCAGGCGAGAGGAAGCUCACUGAGUGCCAGGGUAGGCUCGUGCCUCUGUACCAGCCUGGAGUGGACCAUCCCGCUGUACUGACCGUUCCUGGAGGAACCCGACUGCUCUGUGCCAAUGGGCAGCUGGGUGGUGUGCACAGUACUAAUGCUGGCCUUCACCAUUUGCCAGGUAUGUGCAGAGGCAAAGCGAGAGUCAACUCUCACAGGUUUCCAGGUGUUAGAAUCAGCAUCUCAUUAUUGGCCUCUGGAUACAGUGACUGGACUGAACGAGCUGUGCAAUGUGAAUGGAAGUCAAACAGAUAUUGUUGAGGGAGUUGUAAAAAAGGGAAUCUAUCUCAAUGGAAAUACAGGUGGUACAUUCCUACACUUCGGUAGUUACAAAAACUCCUGCAUUAGUGACCCAGCACAAUGCAGUGAUGCAGGUGUGACGUUCUCUUUCUUUUGGAAGAACCUGGAGAGGCGGGCUGGCUCCACCAUCGCUUCGGGGGGAAAGGUGCUCUCCAGUGGAUUCUCCAUCUACGCCAAUGUUGAUGGAGGCUAUAUCGAAUUCUACACACGUAAAACCUUACAGAAAUGGAAAGCAAUGAUCAGCCCACCGGGUCCUGAAUGGACACACAUCCUGUUCACAUGGACCCCUGGAGGUGGUCUAAAGAUUUAUGUUAAUGGUACAUUCAGCACCAACGAUACGCGUGGGGAGAUAGCUGAGGGAUAUGAAAGUCCGAAUGCUAACCUGGUGGUGGGCACAAAGAAUGAGCAAUCAUACCGUCGCUAUGUGACCGGAUCAUUCGAUGAGUUUGUGAUUUGGGAGCGAGCACUCUCCCCCCAUGAGAUUCAACUCUACUACAAUGCGACAACAGGGCCCCAUGGCUGUCAGACUGAGAGUGUCUCCCUGUCGCCCCAGGGGCAUUUGGAUUCUCGUCCUGUCACAACAGAUGUUCCACUGUCUACAGUUGCUUCUUCCCCCAGGACAGUCACUCGUGAAAAGGAAACAGAGAGUCGCCAGUCUCCAGUCACCCCUGAUGGCUUCCUGGAUUCCUCCUUAGUCCUCCCCAAUAAAACAUUGCCACAUUAUACUGCCUCCAAUCUGACUGAGAACUUCCUGCAGACGGUGAGUGAAGUUCUGGCGUUGCCCAGUUGGAGUGGAACAGCAGAGUCAGUGACUGUGGUCAGUGGUUUGAUUGACACGGUCGACAAAGUCAUGAUUAGAGUGGCCAGCAGCCUGGAGGGAAGCCCCGGCUCAGCUGUCAGCAUUGAGGGAAGGUCCGAUGUCGCAGAUUACUCCUUAGUUAAAGUUCCAGAUGGCUCAAGUCUGACCAGUUAUCGGUUCCCAGCGCGAGGAAUGAGCUUCAUCUUGGUCCCAGGAGAGGCUUUCCACAGGAAAACUCAGACCACCAUUGUCGGCUUACUGUACCAUACUAUGCACCAGUACUACAAGCAGAUUGCUCCCCUGGAAACCAAAAUCAGUGAAUCAACACUUCACAAAGAACACAAAAUCACCGUGAUGAGCUACAUCAUCUCCCUGAAAAUGGAACCCCCUCCAACACUUUCCCACAACCUGUCAGGAUCACCUCUCACCACCUUGACCCUGAGCCAUGUGCUGACACCAGGACAAUAUCAAUUCGCCCUGAACAAAACCAACCAGGUAUACCUGUGGUGUGCCUUUCUUGACUUCAGCUCGGGCUCUGCUGUCUGGUCGAACGAAGGCUGCAUUCGGAUUGGUGGGAACAUUUCCUACUCGGUCUGCCUGUGUAACCACCUCACCAACUUUGCCAUUCUCAUGCAGGUGGUCCCCCUAGAGCUGGCGCAGGUACACCAGGUGGUGCUCUCUGCUAUCACAUAUGUCGGCUGUUCCCUCUCCAUUGUUUGCCUGAUGGUCACUCUCAUCAUAUUUGCUGUUCUCUCGUCAGUGAGCACGAUCCGUAACCAGCGUUACCAUAUCCACGCCAACCUCUCGUUUGCUAUUCUUGUGGCUCAGAUCCUACUUCUGAUCAGCUUCCGAUUUGUGCCGGGCACGCUGCCCUGCAAGGUCCUGGCUAUCCUCCUCCAUUUCUUCUUCCUCAGCGUCUUCUCCUGGAUGUUGGUUGAAGGUCUCCAUCUCUACAGCAUGGUCAUCAAAGUAUUCGGUUCCGAGGAGAGUAAACAUUUCUACUAUUAUGGGAUAGGAUGGGGCUCACCCUUGGUGAUUUGCAUCGUGUCUGUCACCUCAGCAUUUGACAGCUACGGAAAUGCAGACAAUUGUUGGCUGUCGAUCGAGAGGGGAGCAAUCUGGGCCUUUGUGGCCCCAGCACUGUUUGUAGUGGUGGUGAAUGUUGGCAUUCUCAUUGCAGUGACCAGGAUCAUUUCGAGAAUCAGUGCAGACAAUUACAAGAUACAUGGAGAUGCAAAUGCAUUCAAGUUAACAGCCAAGGCGGUGGCGGUGUUGCUGCCAAUCUUGGGGAUAUCCUGGGUGUGUGGAGUACUCUCAGUCAAUAACUAUGCCAUCGUCUUUCAGUACAUCUUUGCGUUGUUCAACUCUUUCCAGGGAUUUUUCAUCUUUCUCUUUCAUUGUCUCCUGAAUUCGGAGGUGAGAGCUGCUCUCAAACACAAGACAAAGGUCUGGUCCCUCAAUAGUAGCUCCAUGCGUAAUGUCAAUGUGAAACCUUUCAAUUCAGACAUUAUGAAUGGAAAUCGAGCGAUCACCACCCCAACAAAACUGAACACGUGGGAGAAGAGCACGGAGUUUGGGAAUCGAAUGGACCUGUCCGCAGUGUGACCAUCGUCCCCCUGCCUCAACCAACCAACAGCCGAUACAGUCUCCAGUCUCAUCACUGCACCUCUCCAAAUACUGAUCCACACUCACUGAAACUGGCCCAACCAGAAAGGAAGGAACUGUUGACUUAACCCUCUCUUAUAAAACUCAAAGGGAAGGAACUGAGACAUGAGGUAUUUAUUACACCAGACAGAGUGGGACAGGGUGGUGGGGAUGUAGUUUAGUGUCCCUCUGGAUGGUAAAACUCAUACUCCAGGAAAGCACGAUGAGCUCAGCAGUUAUCCUGAAAGCCCUUUCCCUGAAGGGGGUACCAUCUGUACCCACCUGAUACUUAAUGUGACUCUUGGUUUUGCCCCUUUUGUGUUGGGGAUCAUUUUGUGAAUUCUUAAGCAAUUACGACAAGCACAUAUAAAGGUGUACUGCAAUUUUAAACUAACUACAUUGAGUGUAAAAUGAUAAUUGUUCCUCUUUAAAAGCAUGCAUAGUGGGUGUCGGAGGAAUUACAAAAACCUAUGUGUUUUUGGUGGGAAUUUUAUAUAUCGUUUUAUUGUGACACAAGUCUAAGACUGAAGUAUGUUUUCUUCUGUAUAUUUUUCCGAUAUCUGACGUUUUUUUCUGUGUUAAGAGGCAAAGUUUUCUCCACAACAGAUUCUCUUUUUCCAAAGCCAGUCUUGUUCUUCAGUCUCUCUCUUGAGGUUAGAAUCUACUUUGUUUAACUGUUAUGGAGGCUCCUUUUAGCAGCAGUUAACAGAUCUGAUGCUGGGAUGCUCUGGUGGUUUGGUUAGUUCAGCCAGACUAGGGCUCAGCCAUGUGUCCCAGGGAGCAAGUCCCACCGACAGAGGUAGGCUGGAAUUGUUUAUCCUGCCAAUUUGGGGGGAGGGAGGGUGCAACGUAGGUUUGGGGUAGGGUGAGGUUAACAGGCCUUUAGAGCCAAUAGCAGCUGGGGGUUCCUGACCCAGCGGCUCCAGCUAGGGGUCAGAGUUGAAAGUUCAGUAAACUGACUCCUGUAAUGAGAGACCAUCCAAGAAGCAAGAUUGAGGAGAAUGGUCCAAUCUUUCUCUGGCGUUUUCAGAGAAUGAGAUAUGAUCUGAUUGAAACAAACGGGAUGUUUCCAACACUCAACGUGUUGUUUAUUGUGAGGGUAGUUCCCCUGGGUAAGAGCUGAAUGAUCAAGUAGGGGGGUGGGAAGACAGGCAUAGGGUCCCAAAAAUAAUCAAUUGGCCAUUUAGGAAUGAGGUGAUGAGAAACUUCUUCACUCAUUGGGUGUGAAUCUUUGGAAUAUAUCACCCCUCAGGACAAGGGACGGUUAGUUAGUUUGUAACAGGGGAUCGUUAGUUAAUGAGUCAAGACUGAGCUCAAAAUCUCAGAGGGAUUUGAAGAGAUUGGGUUUGGAGCAAGGAAGUGGAGUUGAUGUCAAUCAUCCAUGAUCCGUGAUCUGUAUGUUAGCAUUACCCCAGGGUUGGAAAUGGAGAGGAUUGGAUGGAGGCUACAGAGGGAAGAGUGGGUUGCUGAGUGUGACAGGUUCAGAUCCCUAUCCUCCCCCAAAUCUAGACUCCCUCACAAACACUGAGCAAGCAUUCUGAGGAUCAUGGGACACGUGUCAAGUGUAGAGCAGCAAAGAACGUUUUUUUUCUCCUGUUUUUAUUCAAAGUCAGUGUCUACAGUGCGUGAUGAUGUCAUGUCCCUGUUAUAACAUGGUAAUGUUCUCUGAUGGAUAGGGAUGUAAUAAUUUAACUGAAACUAUCAAACUCUAACUGUUUUGUCAUGAGAUAAGCUAUUAUGUUGGAGUGUGCUUUGUGAAGAUAUUAUACUAAGUCUGUGCCUGAUGAAUAAAUGUCUGUCACAAACAGGAAUGCAACACU